GGUCCUCUGAUCGACCUGCACGGGCCAGGCAGUGUCUUCUUCCUCAUCCGUUUGAGAGAGAGAACGAAGAGGAGGAUGAGGGCAAAACGAGGAGAGAGGACAGACAGAUAUGUGGCAUCAACAUCUCAAAGCCUCCCCACCAGUAUUCUGAUGUCAGCAGCCAAUCACAACGGUGGACUGCACGACAUAGGCCCCGCCUAUGCUCGCCCGCGUAGUGCGCGAGGCCUGCCCACACAGGCGCGCUCGUUCCGAUUGAUGCAGAGCACCACCCAGCGCGGCUCGGGGGCGGAGUCAGCACGCAUCUUUGGGGCGGGGCAUAGGGAUGACCUUGAGUUCCCAGACCAGGAGAAUAUAUUAAUGAGGACAUGGAGUUCCAGCCCAAACCAGGAAAUCGCGUCUUUGUGCGGCGGAAAGACAUACAUGCCACGCCCACCAUGACGUCAUCGUCGUCUUCCACUGCUGAUCAGCCACGUGAUUCACCGAGACAGAUGCCACGUGACAGCCCGAGGCAGAUUAUGCAGCAGCGGGAAUCUCCGAGAGCAAAGACAAUGAUAGCGGGAGAGAGCAAAAUGGCUGCUUACAACAUAUUGCUCACGCAAUAAUGUAUUUUUUCGUUAUAUUAUAUAUACUUUGUUCUAAUUUUUUUUCUUCAGUUUUGCACGAUUCCAAUUCUACAACCAACCAUAUUGUCUUUCAUUGUUCUUUGCGCGUGUUCCCAAGUUCCUAAAAUUACAUCUUUUCAUGAUCUGCCCCCCACUUUAGGCAAAGCCUUUGCACUUUAGCCGAAAUCACCUUAUUGAUUAUAAUCGAUUAGUCUUGAUUCAUAGCCAGCCGUGAACAUCAUACUUUUCAAAUCCAAAGUUAGCACGUUGACCGUCUGAGUUUUCAGUCUCAGAAAGGCCGCCAUCUUGCAACUUUACACCACACAA